AUGGCAACCACCCUCCGCCUUGACGGCCCUCGAGUGACUCCACACGGUUCAGAGAACGUAGAAGAGGUGGCGCAGAAAACUAUAGUGUCUUACGCAACACGAGCGCUCGUGCCGUACAGAAGGGACGAAGAACAUCCAUACUUACACGGAGGCCAGGCUACUGUGUUCAGAGCAACUAAAACGUUACCAUCGAGCGGACUUCGACGCAAGGUUGAUAUUUUCGCCAUCAAAGAAAUACCUAUUGGGGACAGAAAAGCUCGCCAUCGGUUGCGAAAAGAGAUCGAACACCUUCGGCUUUGUCAACACCCAAACGUACUCCAGCUCAAGAAGGCGCAAGCAUCGCUGCAAAGACUGCUAGAAGAGAUAGCAAAUUCCCGCGAUGGCAUGAGCCGACUAUGCCCAUGGUACAAAUCCCAUGGUCUUGACCCUUGGCCCAGUGUUGUUUGGCAAUGCGUUCUUGGGCUCGAGCAUUUACGUAAAAAUAAGAUUCGACACAAAGAUUUGAAACCAGACAAAAUUCUUCUAGUCGAUGAGUCGGACGGUGCUUCGCUGGAUCCUAAAGUCCGUGCCGUAAUUGCGGAUCUCGGGAUAAGCAAAGGAUACGUGGAAGCCGAGAACACCACCUUCAAUGGGACAGAGCAAUAUCUUGCCCCCGAACAAAAGGCUCAAGCAUCGAGUACCUAUCGUUCCGACAUUUUUUUCGCUCGGUUGCAGCAUCUCAUGGAUCCAUGCCCUUCUAAGCUCGAAGCGGUGGGAGCUGUGCCAGGAGAACGAACAGGCUUCAAUGAGGUACCCCCUCUCUUGGAACAGCUGCGCCAAAAUCUUGACGAUAACAAACAACCAGACACAGUCGGGUUUCUCGUUACUCUAGAGGACAUCAUCACAUCCACACUGCUCGAACAGCCUGACGAGCGACUAAGCCUACAGUCGAUUCUUGCAAAACUGGAUGAUUACGACGCUUCUUGGCUACAAUCGGGGUCUUUCAAGAUGGUCGAUCUGUGCAUCACUAGCGGCAAUCACACUCAAGUUCUGGAAAUCGAUUUCUCUUUCGUCACAAAUGAUGCAGAGGCUUUUAAACUUAUCAGAAAACACUAUUCGAAGGCUAUCUUUUACCACAAUCUGGACUGGCUCCGGUGGCCUGAAGAAGUCUAUUUAAUAAAAUUCUCGUCAGCGAAUGCAUUUGAGGUUCUCGAAUGCACAUCUACACUUUGCAAAACUAGUUUACAUGCCGGGGGGUACCACGAUGAUCCCAUAAGAGAAGGGCGUUUUGAUGGUCGUCUUUUAAUAGACUGCCUUGAGGGCUCGUUUACAUGUGAUCCUGCUUUAUCAGACCACCAAUCUGGGAUGCUUCCCAAACGACGUGUGAUUAUCCAUCACCACAGAGACGGAUCAAAAACAAUCUCGACUAUCCAGGGUCCUCGAUUGGGGGUUCAUAUUGUCAAAACGUUCCCCUUCAGUGUUUACUCUACCAUAGUCGCUUUCUCUUUGGCUCCAUUUGUAGUUGGAUACUUGAUUUACUACUCGGAUCAGAUUCCUCCAGAAGGUAUCAUUUUCUCUCUAUUUGUAUAUUUCGAGUUGGUAAUCGUGCCAGCAGUUUUGUCUCUAUUUUAUCGAUAUGCUAAGCAGCUAGGUCAACGGCUUAGCAGACACGAUCUUCUUGAGGCUGAGAAAAAGCGGGACCAAGAGGCAAAGAGUAAUGCAAAUUUGGACACGGAGCAAGGCACGCGGUGGGAAUCGAACACGAGCUGCCAGGCCAAUGGCCUAGGGCGACAAAUAUAUGAUAUAGAUCAAGGAAAGCUUAUUCUACCUGAUUUUCCUCGGAUGCACUGCAGACAGUGUUGGGAGAUGAACGGAAAGCUAGACUCUAUCCCUCCCAACCCAACCCAGGGGACAGAAUUCCCGGGACUCAGCGAAGACCUCACGCCCUAUCAAAAGCGACAAAGCGCGAGAACUUUAGGGACUUCAAAGCUCUGCGUUGUUACUAUAGAACCAAAGGGAUAA